UACGCCGGCGUCAUACCCGCAACACUCGGAGCGAUCCCAUCCUCGGCACUUUACUUUGGUGCCUACGAAUCAAUGAAAAUGUUUAUAAAAAACCGCAUUCCAGCGGCCGAAGAUGACGGGAAAAAUCGACUUUGGAUUCACGCCUUGGCGGCAGCUUCUGGUAAUAUUAUGAGCAGUGCCGUUUUUGUUCCGAAAGAGACCAUUAAACAACAAAUGCAGUUUUAUCAAGCGGGGAGUGUGGGCCAAGUUUGCGUCAAGUUAGUUCAGCAGAAAGGAUUUCGGGGACUGUACUCCGGCUACUGUGCGACUUUGAUGCGUAAUAUUCCGUCCGCCAUGCUGAGAUUUGUUCUAUACGAGGAGUUGAAAUUCCGUUGGCACACCAACCAAGAGUCUUCUAGGAAUCAUUCGCAAUUUUCGUGGAAGCUAUUCGCAGCUGGUGCUGUGGCUGGUUCUCUGGCGAGCGGUUUCAUGACACCGAUCGACGUCAUGAAAACACGCUUGAGUACAGGAACCUGCCCGAUCGAUAUGCCUGGAUGCAUGAACCAUAUCAUAGCCGAACAAGGUUGGAAAGGGUUGUAUGCGGGGGCAGGUUCACGCAUGCUAUGGAGCGGCGCUUUUGCAUCAAUCGGGUUUGGUUCGUUCGAG